AUGGGUUCCUACGAUCGCGCACUUUCAGUCUUCAGUCCCGACGGCCACGUGUUCCAAGUCGAGUAUGCGCUCGAAGCCGUCAAACGCGGCACGUGCGCCGUGGGCGUCAAGGGUGCCGACAUCGUCGUUCUGGGCUGCGAGAAGCGUUCGGCCAUGAAACUGCAAGAUACACGCAUCACACCCUCCAAGAUCGGCCUCAUCGACACACAUGUCUGCCUGGCCUUUGCCGGUCUCAACGCCGACGCGCGCAUCCUGGUCGACAAGGCACGAUUAGAAGCACAGAGUCACCGGUUGACGGUCGAAGACCCCGUGACGAUCGAGUACAUCACCAAGUAUGUAGCGGGGGUGCAGCAGAGAUAUACCCAGAGCGGAGGUGUGCGGCCCUUUGGCAUCAGCACGUUGAUCGUCGGAUUCGACAAGGGAGAUAAAACGCCCCGGCUCUACCAGACAGAACCAUCUGGCAUCUACUCCGCGUGGAAAGCCAACGCCAUCGGCCGCUCCUCCAAAACCGUGCGCGAAUUCCUCGAGCGCCACCACAAAGACGACCUGGACCGCGAAGCCACCAUCUCGCUGACCGUCAAAUCCCUCCUCGAAGUCGUCCAAACGGGAGCCAAGAACAUCGAGAUCGCCAUCAUGGCGCCCGGGAAACCGGUCGAGAUGUUACCGGCAGAUCAGAUCGAGACGGACGACGAGCUUGCCGACCAGGCCGGGUGGGGAUACUGA